UUAUUCAUAAUUUUUCCACCUAAUCAAGAAAUGUCUCUUACCUUUCGAAAACAAAUUACUCAAAUAUGUACAGGUGCUGAAUUAAUUUUGCGAGAAAAUAAACAGUUCCCCCUUCCUAUAAAGAAUCCUCACAACUCCGAAAAAGAAUUCCAAACUUGUGUCCAAGAAACAAUCAAAUCCCUCGAUAUUAUUCAAAAGAUCACUUCCAAGAUCUUGGAAAACCUAACAACUGCACAUAAUGGUUGGAUGUCCCUAAGAAUUUCCAUGACAGAAUCCGAAAGAGCCCAAGAUACUCACAUAUAUGAUACAUUCCUACAAGAGACUUCCUAUAUCAAAAGUAUGCAUGACCUUAAACGAUAUAACAGAACAUUACGUACAGCCCGAUCUAAUUUAGAAGAGGCUCUCCCAAAACCCACAUCACAGUUAUUACAUCUUUCACAAUUUUAUCGCCUCCCGGAAUUAAAUUUGUCCCAUGAAUGUUUACAAACCUCAAACCCUUCUCAGAAUAAUUCUCACAAUAAGCCUGUUAAUGAAAUGCUUAAAAGCUCUCCAAACCCACAAUAUAAUAAUCUCAACGAUCACCCUCAUCGAAACCCAGCCAAUUCUCAAACUAGUUCCUAUCCCAUUAUUACAAAACAAUUUUAUGUCAAUCAAUCGGUUGCUUUAAAAAAUGAAACGAAUGAUAUUUCUGGCUCUCACAUUUUGGACUAUAACCCUACCGGUUUUAACUCUAAUAUUAUAAUGAAAUUUCCAUUGGUCCACCUCCAGUCUUCCCCUCCCUUGAAGAGAUUUGUAUUACUGAUAAGAAUAAGUAUGAAGCUUUAA